CUUAUGUCGGGCUAUUCCUGCAACUUGAUGUGUACCUACAUACAGUACAUAUAAGAUCCCUUGCCCCUUCGUAAAGAGAAACUUAAUUUGUUACUUGGUUGAAUUUCAAGGUUUUGGACGGUAACAAAUACCUUGGUACCUGAACCAAGACACCAAUUUUCCCAGCUGAGCGCCACAUCGUCAUGUCCUGCAUGUAGAGGUGCCUAUCUACAUAUGCAUUUUCCCUCUGGUACAUAACUCUUCAAUUUCUUCCUCAGCUACCGAGGUAGUAUCUUGAUACUACAUCUCGUCCUUUGGGCUUCCUCAAAGCAGGAUUGACUGCUCGAGAUGGCUCCCGUACCGUUUCAACAUCCACUGAGAUACGCUCCAUUGGCCGUAGUUGGGACACAUCUUGUAUCGGUCAUCUAUUUGACGUAUGCUAUAACGGUCAGUCUGUAUACGUCAUAUAAGUCCAUAGGACCAGCACAAGAUACGCGAUCUCGCCUCGCACAACGCAAGAAGCUGGUCCCGGCUUUUCUCGGACUUGCAGUUGCAGCAUUAUGCUUGGCGACUUACACAUCUACUACUUCGGCCGUCUUGUCAUAUCAGACCUGGGCGUCUGAGCACGGCCUUGACAAACCAGAAAAAUUUAUCCCUGAGGAUGAAGUCUUGCUAUCCCAGAACUCAAGUAAAAUAAACUUGGCCUAUGUCGCCCAGUGGUUGAGCGAUACGCCAGUAUAUUCCGACAUCCUCGAGAUUGUCACCGAGAAGGCUCGCCGGUUCUGGUGGGGUCAACAGAUCGACCUCGCAACAGUGGCAUUUAGCACGCUGCUGUCAAUCGAAGGAAGAAGACGAAAUGUCCUUCUCACUGCUGCUUUUCUGACUCUGGCGCACUUGGUCAAUUUAUCGUAUGCCCAGAAUCUGUUUUAUCUCGCCCUUCUCCUGACUCCGUCUCCGUUGCCAUCGGGAAACAAUGGUCUUGAGUCAGCAGCCAUGCCUUUCCCUAUCCCACAGUUGGUUCGAAUUGGCAACAGGGUCUUCCCCCCGAAGCCAACGAAUUGGCAUCUGCAUUCUUCCAUAUUUAUUAGCACCCUGGUCUUGAAUUUCGGGUCAAUUUUCACUCUCCCGUAUGUCGCUGGGACGCAGUCAUUUGUCAAUGUACUACUUCUCACUCGAGCCUCGACCUUCUUGCCCCUAAUUUUACCCAGGAUUGCCCCUAUGAGUUGGGGAACAGUCCAUUACCGCCCUCAUAAUUCCUACUAUUCAUUCACGGUUAUAUUUCGAACUAUCUCCUUCGUAUCGUUUGUGUUGCAUAUGAAGUCAAGCAUCAUGGGACUUACCUACAACAUUCCCAACUCACACUAUCAUCGGCAUAGUGCGAUUCUCCCCUGGGAUGUAGAGGAGCGAACCGCAUUCGAACGUGGCACUACUGCCUUUGGAAAGGUUUUGGGUUCAAUAAUGGAUCAUCCUGCUGUGGAGGCUGUGGGUUGGGAUGUUCUGAUCUGCACUCUCAGUAUCGGUUUAUGGGCUGGUGUCCGUGCUAUAGAUGUUCAAGACAUCAUUGAGUCUUCCAUACCGAUAUAUGCCUCUCGUCACAAACCCCAAGAAUUAGUCGAAGAUGAGGCAACAAAGACUCCCAUCAAAAUCGAGCCUGAACCUGAGGAGUCUGUAUCGGAGCAUUCGAUGACCCUGAGACGCCGAGGGAGACCCGCCAAGCCCAGAUUCGGGAGCGUCGCGAGUUCGAGCGGGUUUAGUGAAGAUAACAUGGUGACAUCAGGACGGAGGCGAGGAAGGCCAAAGAAGAAGCAACCCGAAGGAGAGAAAGCCUACAAACCCACACCAUCAGUAGUCAGAGAAUUGGUAGAAGGGGAUACCUUGCCUGCCAAUGAGUUAGAUUGGGAGUCUUCUACUUUGACCUGGGGGUUAGUAGCACUUACUGGCCUUGGCUCUGCAUGUGCUGGUGUCUUUGGAGGAGAAUGUACCUCGAGGUAAAGUUUCAUGCGGGAGGGUAAAACAGUAAUCAAAGGCAAGACGAGCUAUUGAAUUCAACACACAUACGUGGGUACAUAAUGCCAGAUAGGAAAGUCGCAAGAGAGGGUAGUAGGACUGACGAGAUACUGCGGAUGUUUUAGAGCAAAUGUCUACCCUAGAUAGUAGAUAAAUGUCUUUAUGAGAAGUUGACGUUCAACUUGGUGAUGCUCUCAUAAGAGUGUCAAAAAAAAGAAGAGAUCGAUAGGACGAUCUGAUAUCGAAGCAAGGUCACUUAAGUUUUAUUAGGUUUUAUUAUGUACCUAGGUACACUUACCUUCAAUCACGCCUCUCGUCAACGCUCCUUCUCCGUAUAACCAACUCUCU